AUGGCGCACGCGGGCGGACCUCAAGUGAACGGCAACAGCAACCCCGCCAAGCGGCCUCUUCAGGAGUCGCCGACGCAGCAGCCUCAGGGAGGUUUCCCCUCCGAUUCGACCGCCAGCCGGACCAUCUACACCUCGUUUGAGCCGGCCUUCGCCACGAACGGUGCGAUGAACGGGAACCAGCUCGACGGCGGAGACGACCACGACAGCUUCACGACCAACGGGCUGUACGGAGGGCAGCGAGCAGCAGGGCCUAUGGGCAGGCAGCCUUCUGGCGACGCGGCGCCCGGUUCCAUGGCUUCGACGUCGCCUCAGGGUCAGCCGCGAAAGCGUCUGAGGCGCGGAGGUCCGACACCGAACGACGACACCGGCGACGAAGGCCCCGGCAGCUUCACCGACAGCCUCCAGCACCGCCUCGCAGAUGUCCACGUCAAGUCUGAAGCCGGCUCGGAGGCGUCCUCGGCGGUCGGCAGCGCGAGCGCAAGCAUGGCGCCGACGCCGUCUUACCCUGGCAGCGUGGCUGGCGGCGACGUCAAACCCGACGCAAAGAUGUCGAUGAGCGACUCGACUUCCGCCCUCGCCGGUCAGCCAACGGCUGGACCGUACUCUCUCCACACGCAGUACUCCCAACCACAGCAGCAGAACCCUCCGACGCCGCCUGUCGCGCAGAUGCAGCUCGAGAACCCGGCGUUCCAGGACUUCCUCCGCAAGGUCGGCAACUCCUUCCCGCCCGAAAAGUGCUGGCAGGCGUUCUCGAAGCACCCGACCGACUUCAACAGCGCGCUCGCCGUCCUCGUCGGGGCUAAACCGCUCGGCGCCCCCGGAGGAACGAUGGCGCCCUCCUACGCUGCCGUCAAUCCGCCUGUCGCCUCUCCCGCGCCCGGCACGCCCGGCGCCAUCCCACCCCAGUACGGCGGCGCGAAUCCUCAGUACGCCGGCGUCGCCCAGAAAACCCACUCUCAGCAGCAGACGCCCCAAGCCCUUCAUCCCGCCUAUCCCGGCCAGAUUCCUGGCCAAGUUCGCAUUGCACCCGGCCAGCCGUAUCCGCAGCAGGUCGCGCGCGCUCCGAACGGCAUGUCCAUGCAUGCUCAGGCGGUGGGCACUCCGCAAGGUGCCGCGGCGCUUCAGCAGCAGCAACAGGCGAUCAGCUACUCCCAGCAGCAGCAGGCGAUCGCGUGGCAGCAGCGGCAGGCGAGGGCGCCGCAGGGCCAGCCGAUGACGCCGCAGCAGAUGCAGCAGCGCGGCUACGGACCCGCCGUCACCCCUCAGCAUCAUCCGGCCGCCGCCUACCAGUUCCCGCCCGCCUUUACCGGCGUCGCUGGCAUGACGGACGCGCACGUGAGGCAUUACGACCAGCUGCAGAAGCACUGGAGGGCGGGGACGAUCUCGCAAGCCGACUUCAAGGUCCUCCAGCAGUACAUCAACGUCCUCGCCCAGGCCGACCAAAAGCGUCGAGGCGGACCGGGCUACCCGCCUGGGUAUGGCCAGCCGGCCAUGUACUCGCACCAGGGCGUCUAUGCAGGCGGGCAGCAGGGUCAGAUGCGGAUGCAGCAGCAACAACAACGACCGAAGCCGGUCCCGAAGGCGGUGGCACCCGCAACUUCGGGCUCGAUCCUCGCUCGCCAGCUCGCGCUCGCCAAUGCCACCGCGUCGUCGGCCAGCAAGAAGCACAAGGUCAAGAAGCGCGCGUACGCCAGCGACUCGGACGAUGACGGCGGGGACUACGAUUCGGCAGGCAGUGGAGACGAGUACGGUACGCGGGAGAACCCGGCGAUGGUCGCGCGGCGCGAAGCUCUCGCCGUCGAGUUCUUCAACGACUGCACGAAGGAGAACUUGAUGGAGCUCGCCGGUUGCAACGCGACCCAGGCGACCCUGACGAUGAAGCUUCGACCCUUCGCCAGCGCCAACGACUUCCGCACCCGCACCCGCAAGCAAAAAGGCGUCGGCAACAACAUGAUGGACGUGUACCUCGACGUCGUCACCGGCAUGGGCGAGGUCGACAAGGUGCUCGACGAGUGCGAACAAAUCGGUCGCCAGCUCUCGUCCGUCAUGCAGAUCUGGGCGUCCGGUGCGGCAGUCUCGGCGAAGUCGGAGCAGGGCAAGCCGGGCGCGUCGGGAUCGAAUGAGGUCGGCAUGGAUCUCGUCGCCAUCUCGGAGGAGACGAUCGCGACGAGGGUCGAUACGUCGAACGACCCGCGCGUCCGGGAGGCCUUCAAGGACUACAUUCGCCGGCAGCCCGCAGGCGUGCCCGAGUCGAUCAAGCUCAAGGACUACCAAAUGCUUGGCGUCAACUGGCUCAACCUGCUCUACCGGCGCGGCACGAGCUGCAUUCUCGCAGACGAGAUGGGCCUCGGCAAGACUGCGCAGGUCAUUGCCCUCCUCGCCCACCUCAAGGCGACCGGCGAACCUGGUCCGCACCUCAUCAUCGUCCCUUCGUCCGUCCUCGACAAUUGGAUGCGCGAGUUCAGCAUAUUUGCGCCCGAUCUCAAGGUCGCCACGUAUUACGGCUCGCAGGCCGAGCGUCACGAGUUGCGGAGCGAGCUGCGCAAGAUGGAGGAGCUUGACGCCGUCGUCACGACCUACAACAUUGCGACGGGCAGUCCUGACGACCAGAAAUUUCUCAAGCGCAAGAUGGAUUUCAAGGCGAGUUUGCGUCCUUCCGUCACCGUGUUUGACGAGGGUCAUCAACUCAAGAACAGCGAGUCGAAGAAGUACAAGGACCUGAUGCAGGUCCGUGCCCAGUGGCGCCUUCUCCUCACCGGCACGCCUCUCCAGAACAACCUGCAAGAGCUUGUCUCCCUCCUCUCCUUCAUCCUCCCCGACCAGUUCCGCGAUGCCAACGAAUCCCUCCGCGCCAUCUUCAAGGUCCAGCCGGGCUCGCAGACCAACCUCCUCUCGCGCGAGCGCAUCCUCCGCGCCAAGAAGAUGAUGACGCCUUUCGUCCUGCGACGAAAGAAGGCGCAGGUUCUGACGGAGCUGCCGAACAAGACGGAGCGUAUCGAGUAUUGCGAGAUGACGGAGCUGCAGCGCGAGUGCUACUCGGAGGCGCUGCAACGGAGUCGCAAGGCGCUAAUCGACACCGAGGACGACGAGUUCGAGGUCGUCGCAUCGGAGGACGACGAGGAAGCUGUCGUCGAUGCGGCGGCGGCUGGCGACAACGAGGACAAACCGAAGCGGACUCGCAAGAAGGCUGUCGCCGCGCCGAGCACGAAAAUGGGCAACAAGGCGAACACGUCGUCGAGCGCGCACAUCCUCACCGACCUCCGCAAGGCGUCGAAUCACCCGAUGCUCUUCCGCCGCUUGUACGACGAGAAGAAGCUGAAGGCGAUGGCGCGCGACUGCCUGCGCGAGGAGGAGUUCUUCGACCGCAACAAGGACUUGAUCUUCGAGGACAUGGAGGUCAUGACGGACUUCGAGCUUCAUCGGUUCUGCCAGAUGUACAAGCACCUCAACAAGUACGCGCUCAAGGAGAACGAGUGGAUGCAAGCCGGCAAGAUUGCCAAGCUGCAGGAGAUGCUCCCCGACAUGAAGAAGAAGGGCGACCGCGUCCUCAUCUUCUCGCAGUUUACUCAGGUCCUCGACAUCCUCGAAGUCGUUCUCGACACGAUGGAGCUCAAGUACCUCAAGCUCACGGGUCAGACCGCUGUCGGCGAACGGCAGGGACUCGUCGACGCGUACAACAACAACGAGGACAUCACCGUCUUCCUCUUGUCGACUCGCGCCGGCGGCCUCGGCCUCAAUCUGACGGCCGCCAACACCGUCAUAUUCUAUGAUUGCGACUACAACCCGCACAACGACAAGCAGGCGAUGGAUCGUGCGUACCGUCUUGGACAGACGAGGGACGUCUCGGUCAUCCGCCUUAUCACGCGCGGCUCGCUCGACGAAGACAUGUACCGACUCGCGACCGCCAAGCUCAAGCUCGAUGCUGAGGUUUCUGGGCAGACAUCAUCGAUCACAGCGGGCGAGAAGAAGCCCGAGGAGGAGGAGGAAGAGACGGGCGGCGCGGAGAAGAAGAUGAAGAAGAGUCUGCUCAGCGGUCUCAAGCGGCAGUUCGAGCUCGAGACGCAGGGCGGCGGCGCUACGCAGGCGGAGGUAACGCAGCAGGAGAAGGGUCAGGACGCUUGA